CUCAGGUCCCGAAACGCCCGAGCUGAGCUUCACGCUUUGCACGAGCUAGGAGUUCUGGAGCGGGCUACUGCAGCCCUGGUGCUCGUGGCCUGCUAUACAACUGAUGCAGAGCGUGCCGAGAUGUAACACAAGGUGGAGUGAUUGCUUCCGGUCAUAGAUACUGCCAGCACGAUGGAUGUACCAUCCGUGGAUGCUGUCCAAGUCCGUCUCGGAUUUCGCAUAUAUGAAGGCAACCGCCCGCCAACGCCGGCCGCAACUAUUUGUUGCCAUCUCAUGGUCUCAAUUUCCACGUUGACAACAUGAACACCAUGGAGCAUUACAUGCCGAACGCAGACAAAGGUGUGCCGUUCUACUUUUACGUUCAGGACAUAUACGCUCUGGAUGCAGUGCGCUCAGACGGAACGUUUUGGCCGCGGUCGACUCCGCAACACCACCGGCCAGAUUCCAAUUCAGGCUGUCUCUUCUACUUUGACGGAUUUCGUACAAAGCGAGCUUCUGGACUUCCGCCGCGUCAUGUAGUGUACCAAAAUUGCUCGAUGUACUAUGGUAGUGGAAGAUUCCACAUUGAUGUCGCCUACCAAAAGCCCGGAAACACACUCGACCUUACCAAUGAGGCGGCUCGACUAGGUAUUCAAGGGCCUGAGAUCGGAUGGCGGCCAUUGAGUUUCAUGAAAGGCUUUUUUGACCGACCAGGAUGGACCGCAUCCAAUGGCGGUAUCUCUCACGCAUCCAUACGCGGGCCUCACGAUACAUUGCUACGGUAUAACGAAAACCAUGCGUGGUCUUCAGCAUUGAUACCACAGGUAUACCAGGGGCCACCAACAAGGGAUCCAAGUCAGCCUGCUGGGCUCACAGGUGAUCUGUCACUCGUAAUCGGGCUUCUCGCAAUGUCUAUCCCGCGAUCGGAAGUGCUAACCCAUCUGUCGGGUCUUAUUGUACAUGGACCGGACGGACCGCAGUGGCAUACGAACCCAUUCGUGGGCCGCGGUUGUACGUGAUUCAUGCGGAAUACUUUUCGCCGAAUAUCUCCCUCUCAACUGACGACAUGCAGGGUAUCCCGGACGCGGUGUAGCUGUCAGAGUCUUUUUCGACAUUACCGAGACCAACCAAGUGGAGCUACAACACUAUGAGAGCGGAGGACGCGGGCCGCUAUUUCGUUAACAAGCCUUCUUGCAGUACCGGCGGCAAACAGUACGACGGUGCUGGCCUAUUCUGAAUGAAUUUCCAUGUUGC